UUGUUGUCUGCUUUUCUCUGUUUUUGUUGAGGGCAGAAUGUAAUAGGCAUAUGUUAAUUGACUCCAAAUUUAUAGAUACCAUAGUUUUUUUUUCAUAAAAAGAAGUUAACUUCUUUGUUUCUCUGGAAUAUGCACUUCGUUUUUAUGGAAUAAAUGGAAAUCAUGCGCGGAACGGGAUCAUCAUGUGAAAAAUUUAAUCUCACUAAACGGUUAGUUUUACAAGGCGGAUUAGAAAUCCGAACCGUUAAAAGUGCAGUAGUUCAGUUCGCGAAUGCGAUAUACUCCAUUGCGUCAUGAGUUUGAUCACAGAUUACUACUACUAAACCGAACGUCAGUUACUUAGCAGCAAGUAGACAACCACAUGAGCAGACAGGUCAGACAGCAGACAUCAUUUCAGUUUCCAUAUCUACGGCAAUUUAAAUAAAACGUUUCUUUUUUUUAUAGAAAAAAAACACCAUAUUAAUCCACGAAUAAUUUGAACAACUUUAUUUUCAUAAUGUUAUAUGAAAAGUUAACUGAAUUUGAUAAAAUAACUUUUGACAGAAGCGUCGUUAGACAAGAAUAUCUAUUAACUUACAAUGAAAUGGUUCUUUCUGUAAAAAAUGGGAAUUUUAAAAACCACGUUGGAUAUUCGUCAAUUAAAUUUGCUUUUAUAACAUGACUCCGACAAAUUUUUAAAGAUUUUUUUUCAGUAUUAUAGUAAUUUGCUCAUUCAGUCGAACAAAUACAAACAUACAUGUACAAAUUUCCAUGUGUCGAUGGUGAACAAUUGACUCGGAUGACACUCGGCCAAUGUCGGAUUUCUACAAAAUUUAUCGAAUGUUAGUGAAAUUUUUUUUUGAUCACGCCUCAUAUUUUGUUUAUAUACUUCUUAUUUUUUAUUUUCCACUUUCAAUGACGCCAUCUAGUUAAGCGGAAACGAUGAAGAUUGAUUACCAUUCAAUUUUACUUCAGGGCUCGCGUUACAUCUAGUUAAAAACUCGAUUUCAGUCAUAGUCUUAUUUCAUAAACGGUUUCUACUCGAGUAUAUCGCAUUCUAGCAGUGCUUUUAUCAAGAAAUCCUUAAUCAAAUUCUUACCUUUCAAAGCUACGCCAAAGUUUCGGCUUGUUAGUUCAAUAGCUGCUUUUCUUUUAUCACAUUUUUAAAGCUGCCUUUUCUUUAAAAAAGUACGCAAAACAAUUCCCCCAUUUAAAAUGAAUCAUUCAUCACGUGUUUUUAUUUGACCGACCUGUUAAUUCGCCACAAUUGUACUUGAGAUAGACUGCUAAUGCUGUACAUGGUAUCAAUGUUGAUGUAAGUACCAUCAUCAUCUUCAUCAAAAAACUCUUCAUCAAAAACUCGUGAGUUGAACCGAAGCGUGCCAAACCAGGGAUAAGUGGAGUUACGGAUUGACUGACCAAUCGAUUGUAAAAUUAUCACCUGACAAACCGAUACGCAUUUGCCUUUAUGUGAAAAUCAUAUCCUCCCACAAAUCCGGAAGAAGUUGAAAAAAAUUGGACCCAAAAUGCCAAUUCCGAAGGACGGUUUACAGCCCAAUAAUUCCCAGAAAACCCAAAAAGACGCUCGGCGCCUCGAAAAGAAAAAUCGAAAGCCCGACUCUAGUGAGAAACCGGAUCCGAUGAGAAGACGAGCGAGCUCGGCUCCGGUGGGUGUUCAUAUCCCACGACAAGUUACGAACAACUCUCGAGCUAAAAAGGAGUGCCUUACUUCUAGUUGUGGAAAAAGUAAACACCGAUCGGACAACCAGAAAAACUCCGAACAACAGUCAUCCUCUAACAAUUUUUGCUUCAGUGCCAACGAAGUUCUGCCAAUUGCGAUGCCAAUACCGGUGGAAUCAUUGAAUGGUGAUCCGCCACAUAGAGGCCAGGAUGAAAGGGACGGAGGUAGUCCGGACUCUGCUAUUUCUGCCUCUCCUGCAGACGGAGGAGAAAGAAUAAAUCGCCUUGUUGAGAAGCUAGAAGAGAUCGCCAACCAGUAUGAGAGGGAUUGCCAGCAAGAGUUCCAGCGAUUGGCCAGUUAUCUGGACUCGAACUUUGAAAACAGAGGAGUGGCCAUGGACUUCGAGGCAUUCCGAAGAAUGAUGGACCAGAUUCUGGAGAACCCCUCCAUCCGUGCUUCCCUCGAGACGCCAAACAGAAGGCGAAAACGUACUCAUUCGCUACCUAACGUGAGCUGGUUUCAACCAGUUGAUGGUGGUCUUCACCAGGUUGUGUUCGUGCGACUGUUGAAUUACUUCUAUACGCAGCAGCUGGGCACAGCCGGACAGUUUGUGUCGAGGCUGUGGGGAUUCGCCAUUGAAUACAUCAACACCCUCUCUCCUUUUGCAAUGCUAUCAGAAAGGACUUCAUCCUCAGCCUUUGGUUUGAGCACCUCGUGCAAUAACGAUGAAGGCGACGACGAGCAAUCCCGAAGUCGUCUCUCGUCAGUCGGCGCCCAAUCAAGUGUCUCUUCGGAGCCAAACGACAACAGGUACAGCAGCACCUUCGAACUCGAUUUAACUGCAGGGCCUUUGCGAAACUCUUCAGAAGCUGUUCCAGUCCCAGUUGGUUGUUCGAGUGAAGCGACUUGUUCGAUUGAGACGCCAACUAAUUUUCCGAAGAGAAAAUUUGGCUGGACGACAUCUUCCAGUUUCUCAAGUUCGGUUGACAAGGAAGAAUAUGACGAUGAGUCACGAGAAGAGAAUAAUGAGUCACGAUUUGAAUCGGCAAAUGACAUCAUUCAAAGAAGCCUCACGAGUAACAGUUCAACAGAGUUGUCUAGGUCUGCUGGGAUAGUUCGAAAAAGAACAAAAGAAAGGAGACCAAUGAGCGAAGAUGAACCGUCGUCAUCGUCGGCAUCCAAUCAACAUCAAGCAGUAGGUCGCCGAGAGUCAGAUGUAGACUCCGCUUUUGGCGAAGAGAGUCUUCCAAGCGCGAGUCUUCCGAAGCACUCCGCUGUGAUUCCUAAUCAUCCGGAUCCAACGAGUGCGAAUCGAAGAACGCGCAACGAGUCGGCAUCGGUCACCUCGGUCGAAGACUUGAAACGAGAAGAAGAAGCAAUUUUGGCACGAGCUCAAGCUCAAAUGCAAGCACGAGGACGUCGAAGACAAGCGGGGUUUUUGGGGGGCUUGGGGGGACGACUUCUAUCUUUCUCUGAAAUUCUUCCCCAAACUGAGUCUCGACCCUACAGAUCUUUUUCGAUAUCAACUGCAAGUCAUUCCCGAUUUUUCGAAGAAAGAAAUGCAGACCGAACGCAAGGGUCAGAAGGAAGUUAUAAUGGUUUUUACACAACUUUCACUCUUUGUAUUCUUGCAGCGAUCUUCAUUUCUAAGAAGUGAUUUCCCCCAGUAAGUGACGAAAGUUACUAUGAAAAGAGCAUCUAUCUAAGUUCGUAAAAAAACUUUGUAAAGAUUUCUAUUUGUAGUCAAUGGAAUCAAUUGCAGUGCUAAAAUUUGUAAUUUGCCUUAUUUGUCAGUAAUGUAAUCAUUUAUUUCUUGAUUUUUUGGGUUCUCUGUUAACGUUGAUUUGCUUUGAUAUGAUGUUCAUUUUUCAUAGUUUAGCUUCAACUUUAAAUCAGUGUUCAUUUUCCGAUAAUUUGUUAAAUUUAGUUCUAUAUAUU